AUGAAAUCCUUCAAACCUUCCCUUGAACAGUUUGAGGUCAGCAAAGAGAAACUUUUCGUUGAUUUACAUCCCACAAAUUUAACGGAGCAUGCUGACCAACUAUUUAUGGAGUCAAUGGAAGAGAAGAAGGCACUUGAUGUAAUCAGCUUUGCUGACAUACAGAAGUACACUUCUGGGAUUUCCUUCUCUGACCUGCAUGUACAAGGGAUUAUUUUUGGGUUGAUAUCAAGAGAGGAAGCUGAGAUAGUUGCAAACUUGUUGGACAAACAUCCUUGUACCAUUAGUAGAAACGUGGUGGCUCUUCUUCCUUCUAAUGGCAGAAGAAGAAUAGACUCCAGAGUGAGGAAUGACUCUGAUGUGAAUUCUUUGUCAAAGGUAUUCUAUCAAAUACCUUGCAUAGGCUUGGUACAAUUCUUCUUCUCUUUGAUGGAAAAAAGAUUUUAUCAUCAGCUGAGCGUUGUAGAAAGUCUGUGCUAUGAUGCUGAUUGCCAAAUUCAAACCCAAGGCAUUAGAGGCAUAUGCCUUGCUGUUAUUUCUCCUCGACAUGGACCAGAUUAUUUGCUAAAGAGGAUAUGCUCUUUCAUCGAUACCUUCAAGAUUGAUAGGCAGACUUUUGAUAAGCACAAAGAAGCUGCAAUGAACAUUUUGGACGACAACUGUGGAUCUAGAAUAGGGGAGUUUGUGAUUAGAGCUGAGUACUCAGAGGAUUUAUUCUCAGAAGCAAGAAAAAGUCUUGAUGCUCUUACUUUCGAAGAGGUUCGCAGCAAGUUCUUGGAACUGUUUGGAGCUAACUCUUCUCGGGUUGAAGUGUGCAUCUGGGGAUGCAACACUGAACCACCAGAGGGCUGCGUUUAA